AUGCUCGAUCUCGGUGCAUAUGACAGCAGUAGUGAGGAAGAAGAUACACAAACACCCCUCCAAUCGAAGCAGUCUACGAAUGAGCCACCCAUCGCCUCGGCGCAGAUCGACCAAGCAGACAAAGCCCAACUAUCUGAAUUAAAUGCGCAAGAGCAGAAACAGCAACCUCUCCCCGAAAGCAAACCUCCAAGCGGCCCCAUUCUCGCCCUCCGGUGGCCGCUCUUCACCAUAUUCAACAUCCCGAGCUCUGAUCCAAGACCUCACUCUUCCUCCCGUGCCCAAUAUGGAUAUCCCACCUUCUCCCCCGGGUCUCCGAAUCCCGCAGCCAAUGCCAAAUUCGAGCACUUUCUCUCCCUCAAGAAACAAGGCGUCCACUUCAAUUCGAAGUUAGCCAGCUCUUCUUCUCUCAAGAACCCCAGCCUGCUAAAGAAAAUGAUGGAGCAUGCUGGUAUCAAUGAACAAUCGCAAUAUAACACAGCACUUUCAACGGAACUGUGGGAUGCUUCCAGUCUACCCCAGUGGGGCUUUAAGGAAGAACUUCUCAGAGCGCAGCAAGAUGCUCGUCAGAAAUUAGAUGAGAAGAAUGCUUCUGGUCAAAGGUCUGCUGUUGAAUUUGUAUCUGGCUCGGGCGCGAAAUGA